AUGCGACGACGCGCACAAACUGUGCUGUGCCGUAGUGCAGGUGCCAUUCGCACGCUGCACCUGUCUUACGCACAAUCAACCAAUCAGAAGCCGCCUCACUCGCACGCAGUUUGUGCGUGCUCCCUAAUGGGUAUGCAUGUCUUUCUAGUACUGGCUGGUGCCCAACUUACAAAUCCCACAUUGCCCAGUUCUGACCCCGAGCAUUCCCAUUAUAGCUCAACGCAUCUCGUGGAUGAUCGUAUUCUACUGAAUCAGCUCACAAAACCUCGAACUCUCUACAAUCAAGUUCCAUUACAAUCGGAUUUAUAA